AUGCCUUGGUCGGUCCCCGUCAAGCGUCAAUUUGAAAAGGUCCCUGCCAACCCCUCCAAGGCUGACUUCCAUGGGCCUUAUAAUAAACUUCUUUACUCUCUGUUUCCGGCGGACUCCUUGUUUAUGGUUAUUCCUCCGCUGCCCGCUUCGCAUGAGUCAGCCGACUUCCUCACCUUGUUUGAGGUUCUGUUUGAAGAUAAACCUGUCAUCAUACUGGGGCUAAACCCACCCAGCCACCUUCGUUACCCUUCCAACCGCAAAGCCGCUGAUAAAGAAAUUCGGGAUCGCAUUAUCGAUUUGAUCGAUGAUUGCCCCAUCCCUGUUCUAUUUGCCGUCCAUGCGAUGGGAACGAAGCUCUGCUUCUUCACCAAACGUUCUGGCCAGCCUGUCCAACCGCGGGCCAUUUCCCCUGGCCCUACAUAUGGGACCAACACUGCACCACGGGAGCGCUGGGAGUAUGACAUUCUGGAGGAAGAGGGAGAGCUGAAAUUCCGAGAAAUGGUUGAAGAAAUAAAGCAGGCUUGUGCUGCCCUCUGA